AGAAAAUGCUGUACUGGGAAAGGCCUUAUCAUACAAUAGUCGUUCUAACCAUGACUAUACUAAUCAUAUACAAGGAGUGGGUUGGAAAGGCCAUGUCGGCUUCACUAAUAUGGCUCGUGGCGAAGAUGGUCCAAGAGAGAGGUAAUAGGAUGCGCGAGAAAUAUGACGAGGUAAUAACGGUGAGCACUGCGUCAGACCAAAGUAUGACGGAAAGCAUAGUGUCCGCUCAGUACGGUUUGAUUUCGCUUCACCAGAUAAUGCAACAAACCAACGUCGCGAUCAUGAAGAUGCGGUCCAUAUAUACCGCUAAGGCUUACAAGCACGCAAGUCUCGUGAUGGCGGCGAUUGUUGGGCUGGCGAUCUUCUUGGCGGUGUUGCCGUUGAAGUACGUGAUAAUGUCGGGCAUUUUAUACUGCUUCGUUAUGACAUCGGCGGUCGGGAAAUACAUGAGCAACUAUCAUAGUAACCGCAGGAUGAAAGAAUGGUGGGACUCUAUCCCCAUCGUCCCGGUCCGAGUCGUAGACGGUCGAGUAGGCUAAUGCCAUCGGCUUGGUUCGAGAAAAUGCGUGAAUGUGGAUUUGUCAUGUCGUGGAAAGCGUUGGUUUAAGAGUGGAUUUUGUUAUCCGCGUGUUCGAAUAAAUGGCCGAGGUAUCAGUUUCAUGUAAUAAUAUGUAUGGACCGUUUUCCAUAACCGAAAUGUGCCAA